GAGCGAGCGAGCGAGCGGGAGCCGGAGCCCCGUGCCCCCCGCUCCACUCCGAUUCUCUCCGCGCCAGAGCCAGGCGCGUCAGAGGAGCCCAGUGCCCCUGCCCUGGAGAGCUGAGGGGGCAAAAUGAAGAGGCUCAGCCUCCGUGGCUAGCACAUGGGAUCCUUGAGUUAGUUGCUGCCCUUCUUCAAACUCAGUUUCCUUUCCUGUUCUGAGGAAAGAGGUAUGUCCCUCUCCCAGCCUUUCCAACCCUGUGUGAUUGUGAGAGCCUUUGUGGGGUGUGUGUUUGGGAAGGCAACUGGGGUACAAAUGAUUGGACGCAGUGGGGAAGAGACAGGGAGGGGGUCUCUGAGGGCCAUGGCCAGGGUGGGCAGGGCCCUGAAGCUGAGGAUGGGGAGAUUGGAAAUGGUGACUUUCUCUGCUGGGUUGGGAGUGAAGAGAAAACAGAGGCACAAAGUCUCAAGCAGCAUUCUACAUAGAGCUAGAGAGUCCCGCACUCUCACCCUCAGCACUGUUUGGAGACUCUAGCCCCCAACCCAGACACACACAUACGUGAACAUCUGCUUGCCCUGUUGACUUAGGACCUUGAGCCACUUGGGUACCCUCCCUGAGGCCAGCCAUUCCACCUUGCUGUCUCAUUCCCAGGGCUUAGUGUCUCUAUUCCUUCCUCAGUCAGGAAACUGUGGGGAUGGUUUUUUAAGAACCAAAGGCUAGAACCCUUGGGUGUUCACAUGGGCUCCAGUCUCCCCACGGGUUGGAGACUGUCCCUUAGGGACCCUUCCCUUCCUCUUCCCUGGUGGGUCCUCAGACAGCAGUUCCUUCUUUCUGGAAAUCCAAGGCUCAGGAUGGGGACUUCUGAAUUUGUGACUCUGACAUAGUCUGUUCCAAAGGUAUUGACCUCGGGGUCCUGGGAGGUUUGUGCUGUUCUUGGACACGCUUUGAAUUACAGAGGGGUCAGCAUUGGCUGGGGUAUCCUGUCCUCUGCCUGGGACUUCACUGCUUGCAUCUCUCCCCACUGCUGAGUUUGGUAGGGGAAUAGAGCCCAUCUAUCACCCAGCUGAGGCCAGGGCUGAGAGACAGGUCCAGGGGAGUCCCAGGAGCUUCUCAACCUACUUAAUGACACCAUUCUGUCCCUCCCUGGCUUUUGAGUACCUAGGAAAGGGGCUUGUGGGCAGGCAGAGUCAGAAGGGGCAGCUGCUCUCAGGUUCCACUUUUCCUGGUCUGUUUUUCUGUCUUUCUAUCUCUCUGCAGGAGCUGGGUCCCUUCGCAUCUCUCUUCUUGUCUGUCCUUUCCUGGUCCCUGUUUCCUCCUCUCUUUGCCUUCGCUGCUUCUAAUCUCAUCCCCUGGAGACUCAGGUCUGCGGGACCCAUCCAUCCCCUUUGGGGCCAUGGGAUCGCUGCUUGGGCUCCUGGCACUGCUGCUGCUGUGGGGUACUGUGGCUGAGGGCCCAGCCAAGAAGGUGCUGACCCUGGAGGGAGACUUGGUGCUGGGUGGGCUGUUCCCAGUGCACCAGAAGGGCGGCCCAGCAGAGGACUGUGGUCCUGUCAAUGAGCACCGUGGCAUCCAGCGCCUGGAGGCUAUGCUUUUUGCACUGGACCGCAUCAACCGUGACCCGCACCUGCUGCCUGGCGUGCGCCUGGGUGCGCACAUCCUCGACAGCUGCUCCAAGGACACACAUGCGCUGGAGCAGGCACUGGACUUUGUGCGUGCCUCACUCAGCCGUGGUGCUGAUGGCUCACGCCACAUCUGCCCCGACGGCUCUUAUGCGACCCAUGGUGAUGCUCCCACUGCCAUCACUGGUGUUAUUGGCGGUUCCUACAGUGAUGUCUCCAUCCAGGUGGCCAACCUCUUGCGGCUAUUUCAGAUCCCACAGAUCAGCUACGCCUCCACCAGUGCCAAGCUGAGUGACAAGUCCCGCUAUGACUACUUUGCCCGCACAGUGCCUCCUGACUUCUUCCAAGCCAAGGCCAUGGCUGAGAUUCUCCGCUUCUUCAACUGGACCUAUGUGUCCACUGUGGCAUCUGAGGGUGACUAUGGCGAGACAGGCAUUGAGGCCUUUGAGCUAGAGGCUCGUGCCCGCAACAUCUGUGUAGCCACCUCGGAGAAAGUGGGCCGUGCCAUGAGCCGCGCGGCCUUUGAGGGUGUGGUGCGAGCCCUGCUGCAGAAGCCCAGUGCCCGCGUGGCUGUCCUGUUCACCCGUUCUGAGGAUGCCCGGGAGCUGCUUGCUGCCAGCCAGCGCCUCAAUGCCAGCUUCACCUGGGUGGCCAGUGAUGGCUGGGGGGCCCUAGAGAGUGUGGUGGCAGGCAGUGAGGGGGCUGCUGAGGGUGCCAUCACCAUCGAGCUGGCCUCGUACCCCAUCAGUGACUUUGCCUCCUACUUCCAGAGCCUGGACCCUUGGAACAACAGCCGGAACCCCUGGUUCCGUGAAUUCUGGGAGCAGAGGUUCCACUGCAGCUUCCGGCAGCGAGACUGCGCAGCCCACUCUCUCCGGGCUGUGCCCUUUGAGCAGGAGUCCAAGAUCAUGUUUGUGGUCAAUGCAGUGUACGCCAUGGCCCAUGCGCUCCACAACAUGCACCGUGCCCUCUGCCCCAACACCACCCGGCUCUGUGACGCAAUGCGGCCAGUUAAUGGGCGCCGCCUCUACAAGGACUUUGUGCUCAACGUCAAGUUUGACGCCCCCUUUCGCCCAGCUGACACCCACAAUGAGGUCCGCUUUGACCGCUUUGGUGAUGGUAUUGGCCGCUACAACAUCUUCACCUAUCUGCGUGCAGGCAGUGGGCGCUAUCGCUACCAGAAGGUGGGCUACUGGGCAGAAGGCUUGACUCUGGACACCAGCCUCAUCCCAUGGGCCUCACCCUCAGCCAGCCCCCUGCCCGCCUCUCGCUGCAGUGAGCCCUGCCUCCAGAAUGAGGUGAAGAGUGUGCAGCCGGGCGAGGUCUGCUGCUGGCUCUGCAUCCCGUGCCAGCCCUAUGAGUACCGAUUGGACGAAUUCACUUGCGCUGAUUGUGGCCUGGGCUACUGGCCCAAUGCCAGCCUGACUGGCUGCUUCGAACUGCCCCAGGAGUACAUCCGCUGGGGUGAUGCCUGGGCUGUAGGACCUGUCACCAUCGCCUGCCUGGGUGCCCUGGCCACCCUCUUUGUGCUGGGUGUCUUUGUGCGGCACAAUGCCACACCAGUGGUCAAGGCCUCGGGUCGGGAGCUCUGCUACAUCCUGCUGGGUGGUGUCUUCCUCUGCUACUGCAUGACCUUCAUCUUCAUUGCCAAGCCAUCCACGGCAGUGUGUACCUUACGGCGUCUUGGUUUGGGCACUGCCUUCUCUGUCUGCUACUCAGCCCUGCUUACCAAGACCAACCGCAUUGCACGCAUCUUCGGUGGGGCCCGGGAGGGUGCCCAGCGGCCACGCUUCAUCAGUCCUGCCUCACAGGUGGCCAUCUGCCUGGCGCUUAUCUCGGGCCAGCUGCUCAUCGUGGUAGCCUGGCUGGUGGUGGAGGCACCGGGCACAGGCAAGGAGACGGCCCCCGAACGGCGGGAGGUGGUGACACUGCGCUGCAACCACCGCGAUGCAAGUAUGUUGGGCUCGCUGGCCUACAAUGUGCUCCUCAUCGCGCUCUGCACGCUUUAUGCCUUCAAGACUCGCAAGUGCCCCGAAAACUUCAACGAGGCCAAGUUCAUUGGCUUCACCAUGUACACCACCUGCAUCAUCUGGCUGGCAUUCCUGCCCAUCUUCUAUGUCACCUCCAGUGACUACCGGGUGAGCUACCUGCCACAGAGGUCAGGGGAGAUGGGACACCAGACCCUCUGUUUCCUGGUACAGACCACCACCAUGUGCGUGUCAGUUAGCCUCAGCGGCUCCGUGGUGCUUGGCUGCCUCUUUGCGCCCAAGCUGCACAUCAUCCUCUUCCAGCCGCAGAAGAACGUGGUUAGCCACCGGGCGCCCACCAGCCGCUUUAGCAGUGCUGCUGCCAGGGCCAGCUCCAGCCUUGGCCAAGGGUCUGGCUCCCAGUUUGUCCCCACUGUUUGCAAUGGCCGUGAGGUGGUGGACUCGACAACAUCAUCGCUUUGAAGACCCCAUACUCCCGCCCUGACACAGCUGCUCCUGGGAACCUAGUGCAGACCCGCGUCCAGGGCCAGGAGGAAGUUGGCUGGAGCACUGCAAUAAGUUAUUACCCACCCUAUGUCUACCCCCAAAGUCACUUACCCUCCUCCUUACCCCAACUCUUCAGACUCAGAAGUCAGGAGCCUUGGCCGGGCACCUCUGCAGUGGCCACCAACUGCCCUUGUAGCUGUGUUUCCUCCUGGCCAGGCCCAGGGCUCAGAGAGGAGCAAGCCAGGGUUCACUCUGCCCUGGACCGGGGUGGCUGAGGAUGGCAGGCCCCAGUCCUAACCAGCAAAGGUGCUUCCAGCCCAGCCCCUCCUCCCAACUAGGGCCUUUUUUAUUUUUUAUAUAAGUUACUCUGGGAUGGGGAGGGUGGUUAUUGUGGGGGCUGCCCCUCCCCCUGCACAGUAGUUUGUCCUGUGGUUUAUUUUGUAUUACCUGUAAAUAAAGUGGCUUUAUUUUAAAAAA